UUGUUUUUGAUGCAGCAAUAAAUUUAUCAUAUCUAACGACACGAUUUUGGUCGCGAUAAAGAAAAAAUAAAACCGUUGAAUAGAGCCACUUGAAAUCGAUAGAUUUGAAUAUUAUACGAACGUGAGAAAUUGAUGUAUCGAUCGAAAAGUGUAACAAAACUGAUGGACAAAAAUAGCUUUUGUUGAAAUUGGAAUAAUUUAAACCUAGACGAUGUAGCGUCUUCAUCCAUUUUUAGGAACUGUCCAGCUGUACGAUAAAGCAAUCAAUGAACCGAAAAGGAAAGUUUCUCUGUUAGCAUUUUGCCGUGUUUCUUUCUCCUUGGUUUUCUGGUUCUAAUUAUCCGUGGCAUUUCUGUUGGUCACCUUCGCUAAAAGAAAAUACUGGAGCACAAGCACAGUUAAUUGUGGCAAAGUUUUAUCAAUGUAUACAAAUACAUGUAUCCAAUUUUUUUUUUACUAUAUCCGUAAUGUCAAAUGCUAAUGAAGUGAAUGACUAUGCGCGUGUUAAGCAUGUAAUAAAUAUUUGGUGGAGGUAUCGCACACAUAUCUUGAAUUGAGAGCACCUCACGCAAACACAUUUGAAUUGACCGUCAACACCGACAAAUUUGUAUAAACGACGAAAUCUCUUGACCGAUGUCUUUUCGAAUGAAUACGGUUCCGUGUACAGGUUGUACGCAUUUUACAGAUAUACCCAAAUCGGUGGCGAAAAGGUUGCCUCAUCUGCAUCUAUUAAAUCCGAAAAUUGUGAUUUGUACAUGACAAAUCCAAAAUUUCGGCCAUUCAUUACACGUGUGGAUAUCCAUUGGAUGUUUUAGUAUAAAAGAGAAUCAGAGCACAAGUCAAUCAUCAGUAUCCAGUUCGAUUUCAUCGAAUCAACAACAAACCAAACCAAAAAAAACAAAACUUUUUCAAAAUGUUCAAAUUGUGUGCAUUCAUCGCUUUGGUCGCUGUUGCCAGCGCAGCCAACCAACAAGAUGCUCAAGGCGAAAUUCGCAGCUUGAAAAACCUACCAAACACCGGUGACGGAUCAUACGCAUAUGGUUUUGAAACCAGCAACGGUAUUGCUCAACAAGAAUCAGGUGUAGGUGGACAAAAUGCUCAAGGAUCAGCCACCUGGUACUCACCAGAAGGUGCUCAAAUCCAAUUGUCAUAUGUUGCUGACGCUUUCGGUUACCGUGCAACUGGAAACGCUAUCCCAACUCCACCACCAGUGCCAGAAGCCAUCGCCCGUUCACUCGAAUACAUCCGUACUCACCCAAGCGCCAAAUCACAACCACAACAAUUUGCUCCACAACAACAACAAUUCGCCCCACAACAACAAUUUGCUCCACAACAACAACAAUUCGAAGUGUUGAGAUGA